CUCCUCCCUUCCUCUCUCACCACCAUUAAUAACCUGCAAGCAAACCAAAGUGAUGAAGCAAGAGAAUCCACUCCAUAGAAAUCUGAGUUGAGAAAAUAAUUAUACUACUAGUGCAUGUAGGAAGAAAGAGACAAACCGAUCAGAACUACCCAUUUCUCUAGAGUCACUAAAACUCUCUCUCACUUCAUAACUUUAUUUUUCUUUUUAUUAAGACCUAGCUUCUGCAUGUGUCAACUCUGAUGAAGAUUCCAAUUUAGCACACAGCUUGUAUUCUUUUCCUUAUCUUCUUUACCUCUUGUCCGGGGGAAUUGGCUUCUACUUCGAGUAGAGUAGAAGUAUUUCAGUUUUAACGCAAAACUGGUUAGGUGAAGAGGCUAUAAGAAGGGAUGUUGUGUUUGCCUAGAGUAUCCAGCAGCACCACAAGCUAAAGCAACGAAAGGGCUUCUAUGAUAUCUUCUUGCGUCUCUUUUGGUUGCGUUUAACUUCAUAAGUUCUUGGCUGUUUUGUCAUCAUGGCUUCAUCAAACAAACACUGGCCAAGUAUGUUUAAGUCCAAACCUUGCAACCCUCACGACCACCAAUGGCAGCAUGACAUCAAUCCUUCAUCUAUCAUAUCAACUGGUUGCCACAGAACCCCUUACACAUCAGUUCCUGGAUGUGACGAGAGAAGUCCGGAACCAAAGCCAAGAUGGAACCCAAAACCUGAUCAAAUUCGCAUAUUGGAGGCAAUCUUCAAUUCUGGAAUGGUAAAUCCACCAAGGGAUGAGAUAAGGAAGAUCAGAGUUCAAUUACAAGAGUAUGGACAAGUUGGGGAUGCCAAUGUCUUUUACUGGUUCCAAAACAGAAAAUCAAGAAGCAAACACAGGCUGAGAAACCUUCAAAACUCAAAACAACAUAGCUCACAACAACAAAAAAUUACCUCUCCAACUACCAAACCAGUGACUGCCAAUCUCGCAGCUCCAUCCUCUUCAUCCUCCUCCUCAGAGAAAUCCUCUCCAAAAGGGUCUAAAAGGACCCUCUCUUUGAGUUCUCCCACUUUUAUUGAUGCUUCCAACUCACCAACCAGUUCGGUUAACAAGACUUACUUUCAAGCACAUAAUGAAUUUGUGCCUGAACCCUUUUUCUUUCACUCUCAACAGACUGGAGGAGGGGGGACUGGGGCUUUUGCUCAAGGCUUUUGCUUCUCUGAGCUAUCAAAUAUGGUUCAUGUUCAAGAUCACACUGUUGGGCCUUGCAGUAGGCUCUUGCUUAGUGAGAUAAUGAAUUCUAGUGCUUCAAAGAAAGUAAAUCAUGAAGAGAGAAACCUAAAGAUGCAACCGCAGCUUUGUUACACUCCUGUCUCCCCAGUGACUGGUAGCAUAGGUCUCGCUCCUCCUCUUACUCCUUCAACUGACACUAGCACUUUUGCUUUUCAAACUACUAUUAAUCAAAUUCAAGGUUUAGGGCAGUCCAGUGGCACUACAAUGUUGACGGUGUUUAUCAAUGACGUUGCUUUUGAAGUAACCAUGGGGCCCUUCAAUGUGAGAGAGGCUUUUGGUGAUGAUGUCUUGUUGAUUCAAUCCUCAGGUCAGCCUGUUCUCACCAAUGAGUGCGGUGUCACCCUUCAGUCACUGCAGCAUGGUGCUUUCUACUAUUUGGUACCCUUUUCCAUGAGCGAACAUAUAUAAAAGUGUGGACGCUGACGACAUGGGCAUUUCUAGCUGUGGUUCCGUGCAUGUCUUCGUUUCUAAUUCCCUCUUUCUUAGGGUUUUAAAUUAGGUUUUCAGCUGCUACAAUAAUUUUUUUUUUUUUUUUAUGGAUCUAGGAUAACAUAAGAAG